AUGAACAAGAAAAACGAUAUGUUGAAUCCUGGUCUCGUAAGUAUUGCGAGGUGGGAGACCAUCUUCAAGGCUAUUGUUCGUCCGGAACCUCUUUCCGAGCCGACUUUUGCUUAUCGGUCAGACAGACCCAGACAUCAUAGUCAUCAUCGAGACAAAGAAGUGGUUUGGGAGGAGAUGCUGAUGAUUGAGACGGAAAAAUUCGGACAGACAAUUUGGAAAAGAACCGGUGGCCGCGAAGAGUAUUGCCGCAAUCUUGACGGUUUUCGAUAUUAUCCACUAACUUACAGUGGUGGUAGCCAGGAUGGGAAACAGCACAAAUACAAAACGAAGCAGGGACAUUGGACUCCUGAGGAAGAUAAAAUACUCAUAGAAAUAGUAAAAGUGUAUGGUCCACAUAACUGGGAAAAGAACUCUGUACACCAUCCUAGUCGGAAUGGCAAGCAAAUGAGAGAACAAUGGCUGUCUUGUUUAAACGGAGUCAACAAAAAAGCGUUCUCAGAUAUAGAGGUUGCCACUGUUUAUUAUCUGCAUGACGUAGGAAAAAAAGGAUGGUCAGACAUUUCAAAACAACUUGAAAACGGACGUACGGCAAACUCGUGUAAAAACGUUUAUCACAAUAUCGUUCGCAAGAAACUUGCUAAAAAUUAUGAAAAAACCGCUCGUGAAUAUAUAAAGCUAUAUCUUGCCACGAAAGGGUUGUCACACCAGGUGUCGGAAGUAGAGGGUAAGGUAUUAAUGGGUUUGAAAAACUUCAAAGAGGUGGAAGCCCUGAGUAAGCACAAUUCUGAGAAUAAAGUGAAAUCGGCAUUAGACAAAUUCGGGAAUAAAGUGAAUUUGGCAGUAGACGAAUCCGAGAAUCAAAUGGACUUGGCAGUCGACGAAUCCGAGAAUCAAAUGAACUUGUCAGGUGACGAAUUCUGGAAUAGAGAAGACUUGAAAGAUUAUUCAUGGCAAGUCUUACAGACCGAGGAAAAGAUGGCAAUAGAAUUUCUUUUAACGGCAAAGAGCUCGGUCAUUGAGCCGUGA